AGGUGAACACCAUUCACCACCAUCUCAGUAAGCGAGAGCUGCACAUGCUGUUUGGGGCCAGCCACCACAGCGAAGUUCCUGCGUACAAGCUCGUCGUUCCAACCGACCUACACGGAGGAAUCGUCAAGCGACAUGCUGACGUCAUCGACGAUCAACUCCAUUACAAAUUCGAAGGACUUCACGAUGAUGACGAGCCGUUUGAAUUGCUUCUCCACCGGAAGAUGGAGCCACUGUCGCCGACUUUCGUCAUGGUCGAGCGCCACGAGGACAUCAGUCAGAACCGCAUGCGUCACGUGGAGUCGCCAUCUUGUUAUUACUUCGCCAACGUGACGUCACACGCGAACAGCAUUGCCGCCGUCAGCACGUGCGACGGUCUG